CUUGACUCUGGUUUGGAGACCAGUCCAGCUCGCCUGCAUUCCUCCUCUCUCCAAAGCCUGACCGAUAGAGACAGAGAAAGAAAGGAGGGGGGAGGAAGAGAGAAAACACAAAUUAUUAUUCACAACCGUGUUGGAUUUUUAUGAACCACGGAGUCGACUCGAACCGGACGCACCGACCGGAUCAGGCCACGAAAAAACAACCACGUCAGGACCGGGCUUUGGACCUACUACAACACCGAUAUAUAUAUAUAUUUUUUUUUUAAAAAGGAAAGAAAAAAGGCGUGUUUUUCUUUUAUAUAGACGGGACUUUACGUUGAUGUUCCUGUGUAAGUCAGCUAUCGAGAAACAGCUUUUGGUGAAACAGCCUACAGCCUUUCCACGGCGGAUAUCUCCCCCUCUUCUUUUUUUUUUCUUCUUUUUUUUUUUUUUUUAAAUGAGGAUUUACAAGAUGGCUGAUGACAGCUAGCCCUAACAAGGACAGAAAAGCGACGUCCCCUUUAAGAUUAGCAGGGUGUAUUUUUGUUUUUUUGUACCAGUUAAACACAUAAAUAUGGCUGCUUUUUAAAAAAAUAAUGACUGUACGCUGUGUUAGCAACGACCGUCCUUGUGGGGAAACGGUGCCAGUCUAGUGUUUAUCUGUACCUGUGCUAUGGUAGAAAAUGGUGAGGUGACGUCUGAGGUAAUUUACACGAUUUAAUCGAGAUAAGGAAGUAGAUAAAUAUGUUGUUGGCUAAAGGCUGAGGCGACAAUAGGUGAAUAAGGUGGAGACCAAAGUAAAAAAAUAAAUAAAUAAAAUAAAAGAGGCCAGAGCUGAUUUAAAAAAAAUAAUAAUAAUAAUACUGAAGAGAUUUGAUAGAUGUGUCGGAGUCGGGGGGGGGGGGUAACCAAAAGGCUCUGCAACAGCAGCCAACAUUCCUGCGGAUCCUAAAACCCUUUGUUUUGUGCGCAGGAGCCGGACUCGACUAUUAAAACGAUUAACUAUGCAGUAAACAGCCUGGAAAUGAUGGCCCGGGUAUGAUUUUCUGUUUAAUGAGAUUAUAAGGCCUUUGUUGUCGACAGAAAACUGGUAGGGAUAGAAAAGCCGAGGCCUUGUGUACAGAUAUGCGAGCUGUGCCACAUAGCAGGCGUUAUUCAUCAAACAGAAAUGUCGCCUUUAAUGUGAGGCUGAAGGGCUGGAGGUGCCUGUGUUGCUAAUCUGAACCUGUGAGACGGUAUUUCUCGUCUUGUGUGCAUAAUUAAAUCGCUGGUGGAGGCUCCUCGGAUACUUAUUUAUGAUUCAGCGGACAAAAGCAUUGCGCUGCGCUGUGGUUAUUCAGAGAAUCAGGCGUCCUUGAGGUCCCGAUAAAAAAAAUAAAAAAAAACAGAUUCAGGUUUUUUAAAGAAGAAGGAGGAGAAGAAAAAAAAGCUCCGCGUGUGUGUGUGGAUUGUAAUCAGGGUGUGGACUCGAGCAGUCCGUUUCUCAUGCUUUUCAUGCUUCGUUUGUUGGUCUGAAUCGGUCCACAGUCAGUCAUAAUCCGACGCUGAAGUGAAGGAAGCUCUCAAGGUAAGGGCCCGAGCAGGCAGCAGAGGAGGAUCAAGUGUCUUUUCAUGUGGAGAUUGAUUCACCUCAUUAUCAUUUUCAGUAAUUGUGUGGAUGUUUAGUUCUCUGUGCCUUGUUUGCAUUUCAUGGUUUACCUGUAGCUGGCAGGCGUUUAGCUUCCUGCAGGCCUAUAAACACACACACACACAGAGAGAGAAGCUGUAAAGGCAGGCCCAGUGUGUGUGAGUGUGUAUGAUUUAGAGGAAAUUAAAGCACCGUUUACUGUAAUCUGCAUAACGUCAGCUCCUGCUGUGUGUGUUGAAAUCACCCAGGUGUUGUCAUCCUCGCCUGAAGCCUUCUCUGGUCAGUUUUCUGGAAUUUGCCUUCAUGCUGCAGCAAUAAGCAAUACUCGUCAUCUGUCAGGGAGACUCGUCUGGUUUGGUCACAAGGGUUGAAAUAUAAGGUCUGAUCUUUCAGGACGGCACCGGGUUCCGUUUUUAUCUUUUUUCUCAAGACUCAUUUUGAGAGCGUCAGGUUUCCUGUGAGGCCUAGAGGUCUGGAAGAAGUGGAAAACAGUUAGUGUAUGCCUGCCUGCACCAUCAUGGCCUCUGACAUGGCUGAGACGUGGAGGAACUGUUUUGAGGAGGAGCUCAUCUGCCCCAUCUGCCUGCACGUGUUCUCAGAUCCCAUCCAGCUGCCCUGCAAGCACAACUUCUGCCGGGGCUGCAUCAGCGAGGCCUGGGCCAAAGACUCCUCUCUGGCCCGCUGCCCUGAGUGCAAUCAUGCUUACACGCAGAAGCCCAGCCUGGAGAAGAACCACAAACUGUCCAACAUAGUCGAGAAGUACAACGCCCUGAGUGUGGAGAAGGCCACCACGCCGGCGCUGCAGUGCAUCCUGUGCCGCCGAGGCCCACCGCUCCCCGCAGUGAAAGUCUGCCUGCGCUGCAACGCCCCGUGCUGUCAGUCCCACGUCCAGACACACCUGCAGCAGCCGUGCUCAGCCCUGGGGCACCUGUUGGUGGAGGCGGAGGCAGUGAAGGCCUGGACCUGCCCGCAGCAUGACGAAUACAGGCUGUACCACUGCGAGGCCGAGCAGACGGCGGUGUGUCAGUACUGCUGCUUCGCCCGCUGCCACCCCAGCCACGGCCAUGCCGUCACCGACGUGGAGCUGAGACGCAACGACAUCCGACAAAGCCUGUUAAGGCAGCAGGAGCGCGUGGAGGAGCGAGUGCAGGAGAUCGAAGAACAGCUUUGCAAACUCGACUCUGACAAGUGUGUGGUGGAGGACAGGGUGUGUGAGCUGAAAGAGGAGGUGCGCCUGCAGUACCAGCGGAUGCACCAGCUCCUGGAGGAGGAUCUCGGUCGGACACUGGAGGCUCUGGACCGGGCCCAGUCCCGGUUCUGCCAGGAAAACGCUGCCCAGGUUUUGGCUUUGGGAGAACAGCGCCACGAGGCUCAGAAGCUGCUGAGCUCCAUCCACACGGCCUUCAGUAAGGCAGAGGAGCUGAGCUUCAUGAAAAACACCAAACCUGUUAAAAUCCUCACAGACAGGUCUCAGGCAUGUGUGGGCAGCAGUCUCCCUCCUUACAAAGUCGGAAGUCUAAACUCUAAACUAUUCCUUUCUGAAAUCUCAAAAAGAGAGAAGAGCUUGAAGAGAACGCUGGAAGCUCCCCUCACCCCUCCCUCGACCUUCCUGCAGUCUGUUCCUGCGUAUCCCAGCGGUCAGAGCUCCGGCUCUGGAGCAGAGAAACGGAAACAUUCCACUGCCUUCCCAGAGGGAAAUGGGAGCGUCGGAAAAACUGCCGCUCCAGGUUUCAAGGACUCCUCUUCCUCCUCUUCUUCCUCAUCGUUAGCCAAGCAGCCCUACCUGGGCUCAGGUUCUGCCUCUGGAGAAGGUCAAUCAACCAAUCAGCAGCCACUCGGCCCUUGCGGUCCGCCUCACAUCAGCGAGAGCGGCGGGACAGGAAGCGGAAGCGGCUCGCUGACUAACCAUCAUUCAGGCUCCGUGUUCAGCUCCUCGCACUUUGCUCCCGGAGGCAGUAGCUCCUCGCACUCCUCCCAGCAGGCCGUGCUGCCUCAGUACGGCGGCCGGAAGAUCCUGGUGUGUACGAUGGAUAACUGCUACUGCUCCGGAGUGCCCUCAGUGUCGGGCCACCGCAGCCAUCCCCCGUACCCACGCUCGGGCUCCUUCCCGUGGGUCAGCGCCCAAGACUACCCCCCUCCCCCCGGCCUGGCCUCUGGAGGUCCGUCCAUGCAGGGCUUGGCAGUGAGGGACUGGAUAGACGCCUCACAGACACACAGACAUGCAGAUUUCUAUGGGCUGUAUGGGCAGCCCUCUACAAAGCACUAUGUCACCAGCUAACAGAGUAGACACACACACACACUCUUGGAUAUAGAGACAGGCACCAGAAUAGCACACCUUUACCGACUUAUUAACUGGAAAAAACGCAAUGCAGUUAUACUAUACACACAUUGAAAUAAAUGUUUAUAUUCAAACACAGACCUAGAGCAUGUACACACAUUCGGGGGCAGGGUUGAUCUCUUUGUUUUUAUUUCCUUUCCUUAUUUUCGGUCAGUGUUUCAUGUAGUGUAUUAUACGUAAAAUGCAUAAACGGCUCAGCUCAGCAUUUUACACUCAGACAAGAAACAAGACAGGCCUAAGAAGAGAGGACGAGGUGCGUCUUUUUAUUUAUAGAGCAGGAGAUGGAUUGAUAGAAAAUGAACUUUUAAUAGAAAAAUCUUCUCAUGCCCUCAUGGCUUCUCAGUGAGGCUAAAGGGAAAACCGAUAAUACCGCGCAGUGUUGAGCUUUUUUUCCAACUUAGCGCCUCACGUCUCUCUGAUAUAACCGCCCCUCCAGUUGUACUGCGGUCAGUUGCCUUAUGUUAUUAGCAUCAUAUUUUUCUCUGCCCAGCUGACGUUGUUUGAUAGAUCCUUUGAAGAGGGACAGCGGUCCCUUAGUGUCUCUUGAUUUUUAUCAUCAUGGCAUUUCUUCCUUUCUUUGCUGAGUUCAGGGAUGGAUCGUACGGCUUGAACACAAAACGCUCUUCCAUGGAACACCCACAAAUGCACUUGUGGACGCCUUGUUAUGCCUGGACUCCAGAUGCUGACCCACAGAGGGGACACUAGCGCUACGUCUGAAGGUCUGAUUGACCCAGGCCCUCCGAGUUUCUGGGAAUUCGGCCCUUAUUCCUAGCACUCCCUUCCUGCUGCCAGGCUUCUCACAGGACAGAAAAUCUUCUGACAAAGACUGUUUCCAUUUAGUAAUUACAAUGACUUUGUGUUAUUUGGUACAACCCUAGGUGUCACGCUUGUCUCGAGAGACUCUAAUUUUAGAGAAAAAGGCAAGACUGGACAGACCAAACCAAUCAAGCAUCUGGAGGAUCUGAUGAUGCUGUAAUUGUACUUCCUGCAGGGCAAAGAUGUCACUUCCUCUCAAUAAGCACACGAGCUCCUGGCUUCCUGUUUGCAGCUGAAAGCAUGCAAGGAAGAGUUGUUUUUUUUUUUUUUUGUUUUUUUUUUUAAGCACUCAAAAAGAAGAACAAUGGCGGGAAAAAAACGUAUGCAGUUUUAAAAUGAGUGUAUGAAAAAAAAGAAGGAUGGGAGGAAUUUUUUUCAUGAACUUUUUCUAAAAGAAUGAGACUGGACUGCAAGAUGUAAGCAAUGGUUCAUCCUCCUAAAAAGGAGCUGUUACAACAGUCAACAUAAAGAGAAAAAAAACAACAACAUAAAAUUAUCUUUUUUUGUAAAUAUUUUGUGAAAUGGAAAAAUUACGGACGUGAUUUGGAGAAGGGUUCCAAAUAAACAAACAAAUUUAAA